AUGACAGAGAUGUGCGUUUCUGACUUAUCACUGUGCUGUUGCCUGUGCUGUCGAUGCCAUAUCUCUACAGUGGAGUACCAAAAUCAGUCCAAGCCGGCACACCCAUCUGAACCUUCCCUUUCUUCACGAUCCUUAGAUAUGGACACUUCCAAGACUCCCGUUAAGCUCGCUAAGGUUACCAAGGUUCUUGGCCGUACUGGAUCCCGUGGUGGUGUCACCCAGGUCCGCGUUGAGUUCAUGGAUGAUACCAACCGUAGCAUCAUCCGUAACGUCAAGGGUCCCGUCCGUGAGAACGACAUUUUGUGUCUCUUGGAAUCCGAACGUGAAGCUCGUCGUCUCCGUUAAGAGCAACAAAAAUAACCUACAACAACAAAAGAAAAAGAAUCUCACAUUUCAUAAAGAAAGAAAAAAAAACUAUUCGUUUGGUUGUCUGUUUGUCUUCAUUUUAUUUUUAUAAUUUCAUCAAUUGAACAAUUGGAUAUUUUUUUGGAUUUUUAUGCAAAUUCUGGGAACAUGUACAAUAUUUAUUUUAUUCUGAUAGAACUUAGAGAAAGCAAUACUGUACAUAUACGUAUUUGUGUAUAUAUAUGUGUGUGUAUUAUACAUUGUAAUAAAUAUAUAUAUAUACAUAUAUUUUAU